AUGAAUCUUUUUCACUUCGACCAAGCCUCACCUCAAGAUAACGACAUGAACUCAAUGGCUCCAACUUACGAUUUCCACCCCAUCAGCCCGACCGCCCUAGAGCCGAACCCCAUGUUCCCCGACCAUGACAUGUCCUCACAACUACAUGGCGGUUCCAGCAACAUGUGGAGUAGCCUGUCACAACCUGCUCUAGAUGGUGGCUUGGAAAAACUCCUCAACAAUUAUGGACCAUCGACAGAGCGAUACGGCCAAGUGACACCGCCAGACGAUGCGAACAUGCACGACAUGACAAAGUCAUUCGGCAAGAGAGUUGACUCCGGAGCUUCCGGCAUGGAAGUCAAUGACGCCUCAAGCAUGUCUCCUCGCAGUUCCAUGUCAUCAAGCAAGCGACCUUCAGUGAGGUCGUCCCAAAAGAGCCGGAAAGAGAGUCGGACAUCAGAAGAUGGUCUGGGCGGCGACAAGAAGGACAAAUACCGAGAGAAGAAUCGCGUCGCUGCCGCCAAGUGUCGUGCAAAGAAGAAGGAACACACCGACCAGCUCGAAGACACAUACCGUACUCAGAGCGCAAUGAACAGCGCACUGAAGCAAACCGAGAAGUCUCUGCGUGAUGAGUUGUCGUACUGGCGCACGCAGGCAUUACAGCACACAUUCUGCAAUUGCCACCCCAUACAGGACUACAACAUGAGGAAAGCUCAGAGCAUGGCGUUCGGUGGCAAUUACGGCACAGCAUCUUCCCCAAUCGUAGGAGAUGGCCGUUCGGCUUCUUUCAGUCACAACCACGCUCGGUCGUCCUCGGCUGCCAUCGCUUCUCCCUCAAUGAGCGACGGUAAUGGCAAAACACCUUCAGUGGCUUCCCUGUCGGAAGUAGCCAGGCAAUGA